CGCAGUUACUGCCUGUGCCGUCCCUUUACGCAGAGAGCAUUACGCAUCAGUGGACUAUAGAGCGAGGACCCCGCGCACCACCGCACGUUUUCGUCCCGAAAGUCCUUUAGGAAACCCGCAUCACUCAUCCCUCCCGGACUGUUUUUGGACUUAAAGGCAUCCCGCGUUUUCCGACAAGUCUGGACAACUACUCUUCUUCCUCCCUCCCCCCUUUUUUUCUACCCUUGGAUCUAUAGCUCCCCGAACAGCGCGCACCUGUGCUUUAAAAUGCAAGUCGGACGCAAAUCGUGUUGGAGGCAAUUGCAGGCUUCUUUUUUCAGACUGCUGUGUCUUAUCCCCACAGGAUUCCCCGUCCGGAGUGUGGAUAUGCAGCGGGCCACCGACAACAUCACCAUCCGCCAGGGCGACACAGCGAUCAUAAGGUGUUAUGUGGAUGACAAAGUGUCCAAGGUGGCUUGGCUCAAUCGAUCCAACAUCAUCUUUGCUGGCCAGGACAAGUGGUCCCUGGACCCUAGAGUAGAUCUGGUCACUAAAGGACAGCUGGAGUACAGCCUGCGCAUACAAAAGGUGGAUGUGUAUGACGAGGGGUCGUACACCUGCUCCAUACAGACUAAGCAGCAGCCCAAGACCUCACAGGUCUACCUCAUUGUACAAGUUCCAGCCAACAUCUACAAGGUGUCAGAGGACAUCACAGUGAAUGAGGGCAGCAACGUGACACUCAGUUGUUUGGCCAGUGGCAGGCCGGACCCUGCAAUCACCUGGCGGCUGCUCAACCCCUCAGCAGAGCCGUUGGAUGGAGAAGAGUACUUGGAUAUUAUAGGUAUCAUGCGAAACCAAGCAGGUCGCUAUGAAUGCAAGGCCAGCAACGACGUCGCUACGCCUGAUGUCAAAUAUGUCAACGUGGUUGUCAGCUACCCUCCGACAAUAAAGAAAACCCAGAGCUCAGAGACUCAAGUGGGCCGCAUAGCAACACUGCAGUGUGACGCCACCGCCGUGCCUACGCCAGAGUUUGAAUGGUACAGAGACGAAAAAAGGCUGUCCAAUGCCCAGGGCAUCAAUAUCCAGAUUCUUGGCACUACAACUACUCUUGUGAUUGCCAACGUCACCGAAGAGGAUUAUGGGAACUAUACCUGUGUGGCCUCGAACCGACUGGGUGUCCAGAAUGCCAGUCUUUUCCUCUAUAGACCCGGGACAGGUCGAGAUAUCAACGGCUCUGCCUGUGUAGCUCAAUCACUGUGGCUCCUGCUGGCCUCCUUCGCCUGCCUUUUCUUCAAGUGUUAAUACCACUGCCCUCCUCUUCCACUUCUCCCCCCUCCUGGCCUUUCUUCUUCCUCCUCAUCCUCCUUCUCUCCAACUCACCGACAUCCUUAUUGCUACCUUAUUACCAACUUUACUGCUCCUGCCCCCCCACCCCCAGACUGUUUGCAUCAUGAUACAAAAACCUUACGUGCUCUCGGGCACUGCUUACAGAUAUUACGAAAGUGAUGGGUUAUGAGUAUAAUGUUAUAAGAACCACAAAAAAAGUGAAAUGAAGGACAGGACAAGCAAACAGUGCUCUUUUAAAGAAUUGCAUUGUUCUUUUUAAUUCGUAUGCACUUCUUUGUUUCUGCUAUAUCUUGUUUUCGGGGUCUGGAACAGGUUUGGGAUUUUUUUUUUUUUUUUGUCUUCAUGGGAAAGCAGAGGCACCCAGUCACAGGGAUGCCAACAAUCAUUUGUCUCUAGAAAUACUGAAGACAUAAGGUAUAUUUCUUCUUCGUCCCAUAGAUGCGUUAUGUUAACUCAGAUAGUAGAUUUAACCGAGUGUUUAACCAGUGCAUUAAUGAGCAACAUGCAAAGUCUCUGCCAAAUAUACAUAAAUUAUAUAGAUUUGAAACUAACACAUACAGAAAUCAAAGGGAAAACACUGCAACUGACCGUGUCAUGAGAUUAGAGGUUGAUAUUAAAGUCUGUUCUACCAUAAUCUGAUGCUACUAGACUGAAACACAGACACAGAGCAUUAGCCGGAUAUCUGUCCAAUCAAUGACACUGUUUCUAGAUGCAGCACUUGGGGUUGUUGCCGUCGAGCCCAGAAACCGAGGAUGCAGUGAAUAGAAUCGACUUGAUCCUACUGAGCUAAACCGUGCGGAGUACAAACCUGAGGGAAUUAGUUUACCCAGUUUUAUCUGGAUAACCUACAUCUUCAUUCGGUGACUCUGCUACCACUCGCCUUUAUUCCAAAAUAGUUCCUCUUUUCUUUUGCAGCAGGAAAAGAAACACAGUAGGUUAUAAUGAUGCGUACUGUACAUAGUAAAAUUUUGUAUUUCUCUAUGAUAAGGCAACUUGUUCUGCCACUGUAACAACCGCAAACAGAGGAAGCUGUUGCAGUGUAUGUUGCUUGUUCGACAACCAACCAACCAUACUGUGCAGUUUGUCUCUGCUCCACAGCAGGCUGCACCGCAUUUAGCUGCAUAUACUGUACCACAUACAGUGUUCGCUUUUAGUUUAUGAGUUUUAGGAUCAUUCUUCUAUACUGCUGGAAUUUGGAUAACAAUGUAUGACACCAAUGAAUGACUUACUUUUUAGUUUUCUCUUUCAAAGAAGUGUGCGUGUUUUAAUAUGAAAUGAUACAGAAAAAUUCAUAAUAUAUUGAUAUUGAGGUUAUUUUUUUUCUGUCUUUACCUCAUUCAUUUUAGUUGUGUGUAUAUAUAUAUACUUGAAUCCAAUGUCCUUAUACUAUAUGAAAAGGCAAAUUUUAUGUGUCCAUGUUUCUGAAUAGGGUAGCAAUUUGUUGAGGAUGAAUACUUGUAGAUCUCUUGAACUGGCAACCCUGCUCUAUCAUGUGAACCGAAACCCAUUAAAAAAAUUCUGUUUCUUUCUUUUUUUUUUUUUUUU